AUGGCGCUCACUCUAGUGCCAAGUAGAAUUCUUGAGCUCCUGCUUCACUUGCAAGAAGAAGCUACAGAAAGGCAUACUGAUCUAAUUGUUGUGUGCCAUUGCAUCGGUGAGAAGGCAUUCUGCAGUGCCGACUGCCGGGACCAAGAGAUCAUGAUCGAAGAGGAAGCAAAGAACAAGAUCGCCAUCAGAUGCUUGUCCUGCUCAUCCCUGCCCACCGGUGGAUGGAACGGACAACAGCGGAGGACAUGGACAUGGCUUGUCCUGCUCGUCCUGAACAACGUCGAGCAACAGUCUUAUUUGGGAAUACAUGUGAAACAUUUUGUGAUCUUUCAUGCUUCUGUCCUCUCCUCAGGAUUUGACGCUGCUGCUUCUUACCUCUGUAGAGAUCCUGGUAUGGUGCCUCGUAACAAUGAUACUGGAAAUGGUCAGACUCCACAACAAUUGCGCUUACCACGAACAAAGGAUGUUAUUGUAAAUGGAACCGUUGUAAAGGUCAAGUACUACCACACCUACAUGCUGCACCCGCCACCUCGUUCUUCUCACUGUUCUAUCUAUGACAACUGUGUGGAGCGUUUUGAUCAUCACUGUCCUUGGGUUGGUCAAUGCAUAGGACUGGUAACUAUAUUAAUGCCUAAUAGUCUACUCUGCCUCUACGUGUCUGGGUUCUGCUGGGUGUACAUAACUAAGAUCAAAGAUGCAGAGGAUUCAUCGAUUUGGAGGGCAAUGUUGAAGACACCUGCCGAGUGGUUCUGA